AUGUCAAAAUUUAAUUCUAAUUCAGAUUUGGAAAUUACAGAGGUCCAUAAAAUUAAUAAUAUACCUUCAAAAAAUGUAAAUACUUCAGACUCCAACAUAUGUUCAGAAUCAUCACUAGAGCAAAAAACAGAAACCCAUAACAUUAACUCCAACUUUAAAAAUAAUAAACGACAGAUGACCUUUAAUGAUUUCAAAUUAGUAAAAAUAGUUGCAAAAAAUAAGAAUAACAAAAAUUGUGAUACCAUUGAUAAAGACAACAAUUUACUUCGAAAAACGAACAGUGCAGCUAUUUCUAUAUUAAAGAAAAAAGCUGAUGACGCUCUUAGAAGGAAGAAUAGUGAUAAAGAUAAUAUCAAAAGGUUAGAUGAUGAUAAUAACAAAAAAUUACAUCCUAACAGUGAACCAGACAUAGACCAACAACCUAAACAAAAAAAAGCUAAAUAUAUCAAAGCUAAUAAUAAUAAUAAUAAUAUUGCUGAUAGUAAAAUCUACGAUACUAUUAAAAAAUCUGGCACUGAAUUAAAGAUCACAGUGACAUUAAAUGGCGAAGACGCUAAAAAAUCAGACGUAGAUUCUGAUAAUAAACAAAUUUCCAAACAUAUUGGGACAUCUUCGGUGACCACAAAACUAAGCAGAACUGAAAAGACAAAUAAAUCAAAUAAUGCUAGUAGAAUUAAUAAAAAUACGCAACUACCAAGAGACUCUACAAAAAAUAAAUCACAUUCCAACUCCGAUUUAUUAAUACCCACCGAAAACAAUAAUAAUGAAGGUAAAUCAAAAAAAUAUAAACCAAGAUUGCAAAAUCAGAUGAGUUUACUAAGUCUUAAAUCAACUUCAACACAGAUCAAUGAAAAAGAUCUAUUUACUAAAAAUUGGUGUUCAGCUAUUCCAUUAUCAAAUUGUCACUAUAAUACACCAAAUGAGUAUACCUGGAAGACAAAUUUUGAAGAACUUUGGAAACAAGAAUGCUUUAUUUUUUUUAAGCCAAUACCAUAUGCAGGUAAAAUUAUCAAAAUAAUGUCAUUUAUAAACAAAUUCCGAAAUUAUUUAAACAGUAAAGAAUUACUUACACUAUCAUUUCAAGAUUUCGAAAAUGGUUUAAACAUUAAUGAAAACACUACAGAAAUAUCUGAAAUUAAGCAAUGUCAAGAUAAAAUGAAUUAUUUAUUUUACACAUUGUUGAGACUGUUAUUUGAUAAUGCCAUUGAACCUACAACUUUAAAUCAUUUCUUGACAUUGCGUAAUCCUUUUAGAAGAUACAUUGCAACGUUGCGUAAAAAAUGUUUUGAAUGGGGAAUUGUAAAAGAAUGGAGGUAUAUUGACAGUGGUGGUUUUUUUACACCUGGAUUAGAUAAACUUGGCUUAUUAGCAUUAAAUCCAACAGAUAGACUGGUUAUUUUGGACAGUUUAAUAGUAUACCUUUUGGUCCAAUGUUCACUCAUUCAUAAUACAAUUCAGGAUUGGAAUCAUACUAAGAAAGAUUUAGGUAUUAAAGAUGAUAGUUAUUAUGCAACACGAUAUUUGCUUGAAGGACUACCUCAAUCACUAAAAACAUUUGAAUCAUUAUGUGACCAAGUCCAAUUCCAUUUAGAAAGAAAAAGAGUAAAUAUGAUUAAAAAAAAAAGACCGAUGAAAAAAGAAUUCAAAGAUCAAUGUAAAGUUUUAAAAGAAUGUAAGGAUCUACUGAAUAACCUAGAUACACAUGAGGGUAGAAGUAAAGCUAUUAUUUCUUUGUAUGACAAAUGGUUAUUGCUAUUCAAAGGAUUAAUAUUAGACAAUCCAUUAAACAACCCAUAUGACAAUAAUUUAUAUUCAUUAAGACUGCUAGAUUUUUUAAUUGGUAGUAUACCAGGUGUUGGUGAAUUAUAUUUACCACAAUUGCAUAUAUCACAUUCAUCUAAUGAUUUCAAUAUUUUUAAAGAUGCUAUCAACUUAUUGAAACUCUUUGAAAAAUUUAAUUCUAAAAAACUUGAGAAAUUAACUUUAUUCAAGGAAUUUUAUAGCACAGUAAGCAGUCAAUUUAAAAUUCUAUUCUAUGAUAAGAAAGGAAUAAUAUCUGAACUUUUAUCCAAUCCCUAUGAAAACAAUAAUUUUGAAAACACCUACUGGUAUGAAAUAUCUAAUGACACUACAUCUUUACAAAUCUUCAUUGAUAAAUUAGAUGAAUUUAUUGAUAAAUAUGGAACAGAUUGUAAUCUCGUAUAUAACCAAACUAAUUCAGAUUUUUUUCAGAUGAAAGGGCACAUUAUGAAAUUAAAAGACUAUUUAUCUAAUAUCAUUAAUAUUCUAAAAGAAAUUGAAGAUUCAAGAAAGUUAUGCAAGACAAUAGAGCCUGGAAAGAGAAAGUUAAGAAGUAGUACCAGAGGAGCACAUAUAUCAGUUAAAAAAAGGCAAAAUGAGAUAUAUGAAGCUGAUGAAUAUGAUAUCGAAAAAAUACAGAAAACAAAAGAAGAAGAGGCAGAACUGAUUGAUAGUGAUUACUACCAACAAAAUGAGUUAGUGAGUGAAUAUGGAGAGGAAGAAAAAGAAGAUGUUAGAAGAUGUAAGAAUAACAGUAAAAGGUGCCAAACAAAAAUAUAA